AUGCAAGGGGUCACAACGGCAGGGCUGCUGCUGCUGCUCCUGGGUCUGGCUUGCGCUGAAUCUAAAACCUGGACCAAGGACACCACCCUGAGUCAGUCUGAGACUCUGAACAUCAUCGUCAAUGACUUAAACAACCAGUCGAAUGAGGAGUAUGCCUUCCGUGUUCUGGACGCUCACCCCCGGCCAGACUGGGACCCAACGUUUUCAGAUCCACAGUUAGUGAUCUUCACCAUCAGAGAGACAGAGUGCAGAAAGAAGAACCUCAGCCUUGAGCAGUGUCCCUUCAAGGACAAUGGGAAAGAGAAGACAUGCUGGGGGCAUGCCAAGCCUGUUGAUGAGGGCCUCCGUGUGAUGGUCAGCUGUCAAUCUCAGAAGUCUGGAGAGCACUGGCGAGCCCGAAGAGGCUUAAGAAAAUUCUUGAAGAAGCAUUUCAGAUGGCUGUUUAAAAAAAACAAGUCAAAGAGAAAGCAUGCUAUGAAGACUUCCUGAGACGGGUCUGUGUACCUGGAGCCAGAUCUGCUGCCCAUCUACCUCCUGCUGUCCCCUUCCCAGACCAGCUCUGGCCCAGCCCAAUAAACUCACAGCUC